GAAUAUAAAUCUUUGGCGCGUGCGAGAGAGGGGUUUUAGUUCACGCAGCGCAAGCUUCAAGCAGGGAUUUUGGCUCUCUCUCUCUUCUCUGCAAAUUCACCAUGGCCGACGAAGACUACGAUGACAUCGAUAUGGGAUAUGAAGAUGAACCCCCAGAGCCUGAGAUUGAGGAGGGGGCAGAGGAGGAUGUUGAUAACAACAAAAAUGAGGACAUCACUGGAGAGCCUCUUGAGGUCGAUGACAAGGAAGAUGAACAACCGGUGGAGCGUCCUCGAAAGACUUCGAAGUACAUGACCAAGUACGAGCGUGCCCGGAUUCUGGGUACCCGUGCUCUCCAAAUCAGUAUGAAUGCUCCUGUUAUGGUGGAACUGGAGGGGGAAACUGAUCCACUUGAGAUUGCUAUGAAAGAGCUUCGAGAGCGGAAGAUACCCUUUACCAUCCGUCGCUACUUACCCGAUGGAAGCUUUGAGGAUUGGGGGGUUGAUGAACUGAUUGUGGAAGACUCGUGGAAGAGGCAAGUUGGCGGUGGUAAUUGAUGCUUUAAACUGACAGAUGAGAUAUAAUUAGUGAGGGAGGUUCAUAUCAGGCCUGGAUUUUGCAUAAACUUUGGGUUAUAAUGCUGUAUGAAUUGUUUGUGCAUGAGACUUAUAGUUACGCUUGUCUAUAUUUCUUUAGUUUCUUCAAUAGUAUGUUUUAAGAAUUGUCAAAUCCCCUUCUUGGAAACAAUAUGGGAUAAAUGGAACACUGGAUCCAAAGUCCAAACCUAAUUCUGUUUUCUACUUUUCUCUAA